AUUGAGAAAAUGAGAACUUCUGGUUUUUUCGAAUUUGUCUUUUUCGUGGCUCUUGCAACUGGAAAUUCCUUAACUUCGGGCUUUCCUGCUCGGGUUUUGAUGUGGAAUCGGAGCAGCGGAAACUUCGAAUCGCUUUCUAAUUUCUCCACAUUCGGGGCCGAAUGGAAUAACUAUUUGAGGAAAAGUCGCGAAUUGGAAACCCACGAUUUUCGGAAAGAAGUUGUCAAAAUUUCGGGCUACCAGGCGGCAAACAUAAUAUUUUAUGAAAAUAAAAAAAUCACCGGUGUGUGUGGCGAUCUCUGGAAUAUCCUCGCUGAAUAUUUGAACUUUACACUCGAGGUCGUCACACCUGACGAUCGCACUUAUAUCAAACCAGGAGAAAAAAUGUUCAGUGAAAAUCGACUUACCGAAAUGCUCGUUCGUAACGACAUACAAGUUAUCGCUAUGACUGCAUACGCAGUUGUCAAAACCGACCGUAUCACUUUCACCACUCCAAUGUGGAUCACGAGUCACAAAUUGUACAUCAGGCCGGAAACGAAAUUCAUCAACGCGUGGAUGAUUCGCAUGUUCUCGCGGCAAGUUUGGUGUUUGAUUCUCUUGAUGUUCGUAUUGCUGAGCGUCGUAGGUUACACGAUCCAAAGAAAAUCGAUAAAGGUGUCCGGUGACGAAAAUUCAGAGCAUGGUUUGAACGAUCAUUUAUUCCACACGUUCGCGACUUUCUGUAGCCAGGGCGAUGUGCCCGAAAGUCUUUAUCGUCGAAUAAAGAUUCUUGGCUUCUCGAAGAAAAUGUUCGCUUGGCUGCUGCUCUCCGCAGUCAGCUCGAAUCUUAUAUCCUCGAUAUCCCAUCAAGGGGUCUAUCAGCCCUUUCAAAAUUUCGAAAAUUUAAUCAACGAUACGAAAUACAACAUCAUCGCGUUCGAGGGAACGGCCUUCCACAGCAUUUUAGAGAGAGAUCUUCACAAAUUGAUGAGCAACAGUUCGUACGAGAAGCGGGUCAACUAUACGAAAUCAAUCAUCGAACUCUAUCAAGAAGGUUGUUCCAAAGAAAAAAAAUUUGCUAUACUGAACUCGGAAGACGUGCACCGUUCCUUUGCUGGCACCAAGUGUGAUCUCGUCCCAAUGGGCAAAUCCUAUUACACCACUUGGAUCUCUGCAGCUGUGUCGAAAAAUUUUAAAUAUCGAAAAGCUUUCAACUUGGGGAUUUUAAGAAUCAAAGAGUUGGGGAUUUUAUCUCGAUUGAUAGGAUAUUGGAACGAGAACGCCGAUUCAAACUCGAAUUUGAAUGUUCCAUUACCGGUGAAUCUGAAACAAAUUUCAAUGAUUCUUGUCAUACUUUGCAUAGGCAUUCUCACUUCAGGCGUUAUAUUUGUCCUCGAAAAUAUCGUCUAUCUUUACCAUUGUAAUCGAAACAAAGUGCAUAGUGGGAACACCAUUGCCUUCGAAGUCCGGGAGCACGAUUUUUCUCAUCUGACGAAUCGCAAUUGA